AUGACUGAAGAGGGAUUUGUUCCAUCAAGUAUUGGUUUUGCUUAUCAAGACCUUUUAUCAAACAUGUAUGUAAGUAAUGUCAGAAAUAGAUUGAGACAACUCAAUCAACCUACAGAUAAUGAUUGUAAAAGAUGGUUCUGGGAAUUAGUACAGAAUGCUAAGGACUCUAUUGUAAAUGACCCCACAAAAAAUUCUGUCUCUAUCAAGGUUAAAAUUACGGAAAAUACAUUCUCUUUUUCUCACAAUGGAUCACCAUUUACUGCAAAAGCAAUGUUAGGACUAUUAUACAAAUAUUCAGAAGGAAAGCAAAAUAGUACACAAUCAACAGGAAGAUUUGGAACUGGAUUCUUGACCACACACACUAUUUCAAAAAUAGUGUCUAUUACUGGAGAUAUUUAUGGUGAUGAAAAAAAUGGAGAUGUUGUUAAUGGGUUCACAGCAACAAUGUACAGAGAUGGUUAUGAGGAUGAAGAAUUACUUAAAGGAGUUGAAAAAAUGAAAAAGUCAAUAAAAUAUUUAAAAGAACCAUUUGGAUGGACUACUUAUGUUUACCAGAUUCAAACUGAAACAGGGAAACAAGCUUUAGAAAAAGGACUUUCAAAUGUAUGGGAAAAUGUUGGACAAACUCUUGUUUUUUGUAAAGAAGUGAGUGACAUUACUAUAGAUAAUAAAGGGCAUAUAACUAAAAUAACAAGAGAACCUGUUAUGACAGAAGGAACAAUGGAAAUUCAUACAAUAGUUUUUAAUGAAGAUAAAAAGAUUAGUAAAAGACGAUUUUUAAUUGGAAAUUAUGAAGAAUAUAAUGAAAAACUUACUAAUAGAUUUGGAGUUGAAAGAACACUUAGAAUACAAUAUGCUAUUGAAUUUGAUAAUAAAAAAAAUAUUAUUAGGAAUAAAUUUGCUUCAUUGUAUUGUGUUUUUCCACUUGUUGGAUCAGAAGCAAUUCAAGUUCCAUUUAUGCUUAAUUCUCCAGACUUUCAGCCUGAUUCAGAAAGAGAAACAAUUUAUCUUAAUGGUACUGAAACAAAUGAUGCAACUAGAAAAAUAAGCGACACUGGAGUAAACAGAAUGAUCUUAUUAAAAACUGUUGAUUUAUAUAGAGAAUUCUUAAAUCAUUUGGCUCAAUACAAUUAUAAAAAUUUGUACAUUGUUGGUUCUGGUUUAAAAUCAAUACCAUCAGGAAAGUUCUUUGAUAGAAAUUGGUAUUCUUUAUAUUUUAUUAAUUCUAUGAGAGAGGUCAUGGGUUCAAUGCCAUUUGUUGAAACACCAUUUGGUUUAAAAACACUCUACAAAAAUGGAGGUCCAACUAUGUUUUUCCCAUAUAUUAAUGGAAAUAAAAAACAAAUACAUUCAUUCUAUUCAAUUGUUGCAAUGUUAUAUCCAACAAAAGUAUGUAAUGAAGAAUGUCUCCAACCAUGGCUAGAUAAUAUUUGGGAAGGAUGCGGUAUUCUUACUAUCCAGAAACUACUACAUUAUAUUAGUCAAUACAAGUCUUUAUCUGAAAUGGAAAAACACUACAAAUCAGUAGAUUUUAAAACAGCAUUAAGUAAUCUUAUUGACUUAGUCUUUGAAAUUGAUAAAGAAUUAUUAAACAAAUACCCAAUUAUUCCAAAUAAGAAUGAAUCAUUUAAAAGACUUGACUCACCUGGUUUAGUUAGUGUGGUUCAUGUAGAUAACUUAUUGAAUAAACUUCUUGAAAAAAUUACUGGAAAAUGGAAUGAAAAUUGUAUUCAUGAAUGUGUUCAGAAUGAGAAUUUAACCACUUCACUUCAUACUGAUAGAGUGUGUGAAAUCAUUAACUCAGAGAUACUAAAACUAAGAGAAAUUAAAUCUAAAGAUAUCGCUGGUGAUGAAGAGUUUUUAAAAAAAGUUGAUUUAUUAGUUGCGUGCUGUGUAGAUGAUCAAACUAAAUUUGGAGAAGGGUUCAUCAACAAAAGAAACUUCAUUUAUCAGAAUGUUUUUGAUUGGUUUGAUGAUAUUAUUCCUGAAAAAAAACUGAUUACAAACUCAUUCUCUGAAAUAGUAUGGGAUAAUCUUGAUCUCAUUCUUAUUGGAAUUCUUUUGAGAAAAAUAGAAAGUACUAAAGAAAUAGAAAAAAUCCCAGUUACUAUAAACCAGUUUAAUGAUUUGUUAUGUUAUUUACAUAAAAAUUCAACAGCACUUGUUUGGAAUAGAUACGCUAUUAUUCCUGACCAAAAUGGUAAUUUUCAAAAACCAGAAGGAAUGUAUACUGAUGGUGGUGUCCCUGAUUGCCUGAAAUGUGACAACAUCACUGCUUUUGGUAUAGACUUUAAAAAAAUUCUUUGUAACAAAAAAAUUAAAUUACCUUUACCUGUUAUGUCUCUAGAUGAUGGGUGUAAUAAAUUUGCAAAGUUAGAACCAACCAAUUUAUACUGGGAAAAUAUCCUUUAUUUAUUUUCAAUUAUUCCACAAGAACAAGCUAUUCAUGACAGACAAAAAUUAUAUUAUGACCUAAGCAAGUGUUAUUUGAAUAACGAAAAUCCUGAAGUAUCACUAGAUGUUAGUAGUGACAUUCUAUGGAAAAGAUAUAAAUUUCUUUUGGUUAAAAAGAUCAUUGAAAGGCAUAACUCUUUUGAUAAUUUUUUCCAUUACAAAUCUAAUUUACGUUUAAAUGAUAAAACUGCUUUUAGGAUGAUAGAAAUGUAUUGGACUUGUUAUGACUUACAUAGUCAGGAAAUCUAUAGUAAAUUGCAUUACUCAAAGAAACUUCCUAAUCAAUACGGAUUAUUCAAAAACUCAAAUAGUCUAUCAUUUGAUCAAGAUAAUGCCAAAAGUGUAAUAGAAAUCCAAUCGACUUUAUACUCUGGUUUAAUGAACUCUUGUAUUGGUAUGUAUAUUAAAUACAACAAUUACUCUGAGUAUAAGGACACACUACUACUUAAUGGAAUUAAAAAUAUUAAUAAUAGCUUGAAAAAUACCACACUAAUAAAUAUAUGUAAUAAUAUUGAUGAGAUGGUUGAGUCUUGUUAUAACAACAACAGAAAACAAUUAUUCAAUAAUUAUAAAUUCAAAGAUGCUAUGACUGAAUUAUUUGCAACUGAGUAUAUUCCUUCAUCAUUAUACUUCCCUAAGCUUAGCCAAGAAACACUUCUUAAUGACAUUGAGUAUAGUGUGAUCUUUAGUUCCGAGUUUAAAAAAUCAUUCUUUAAACUAUCAAAACUUUUAAAAAAGAAAGAGUUAACAGUAGAUGGUUUAAUUAAUUUAGUUAAUCAAUACAAUCCAAAAACAGAAGAGACAAAAUGA